AUGGUCCCUCAACACCGACCUGCAGUCACCAUUCAUGCAUAUGAGGUGCUGAAAACAUGGAUGGAUGAGAUACUCAUGUGUGGGCAGGAGGACCCUACACCUGCAGAGGAUGUACCUAACAUCAUUGCCAAUGCCUUCCUAGACCAGAUCAUGGACAAUCUGUGGCUUACAAAUACAUAG